GAAGUGAGAAACAUCAAAUUCUUUUUCUUUUUUUCACUUGGUUUUGGCCACAAUGCAAGUGAGCAAACAAAUACAGCAUUCAAAUUAAUUGCACAAAACCAAAAGAAAGAAGAAAACAAGACGCAUUAGGGUUUUAGUUCUCUCGCCUCUCCCUCUACAAAGAAAGAAAAAAAAAAUACCCACCCUUCACAAAUACUCUCUCUUUCCGUUCCCCCUCUCUCACUUUCCCCUCUUCUCCUUCAAUGGAUGCCUACGAGGCGAACCGCUUAGUCUUCAGCCGCAUCCAAGCCCUGGACCCCGACCACGCAGCCAAGAUCAUGGGCCUCCUCCUGCUCCAGGACCGCGGCGACAAGGAGAUGAUCCGCCUCGCCUUCGGCCCCGAAACCCUCCUCCACUCUCUCAUCAUCAAAGCCCGCAGAGAGCUCGGCCUGUUUGCUUACUCUCCUACGGGCAUGAUGCCCAUGUCGCCUUCAUCGCCAUCGGCGUCCAAAUGUAUGAACUUCUUCUCCCAGCAGCAGCAGCAGCAGCACAAUGAGAGAGCGGCGACAGCGGCGUUGAUGCUCGGAGGAGACCAAGGCUGUACCUUCACUUCUCGGUCGAGGAUGGAAGAAGAAGAUGUUUCUAACUAUUUCAGUAUUUACGGGCCAGUUCAGGAUGUGAGGAUCCCUUAUCAGCAAAAGAGAAUGUUUGGGUUCGUGACAUUUGUUUUUCCAGAGACAGUGAGGCUGAUUUUAGCAAAGGGGAAUCCUCAUUUUGUUUGUGAUGCCAGAGUUCUAGUCAAGCCUUAUAAGGAGAAAGGAAAAGUCCCCGACAAGUUCAGGAAGCAGCAGGGGGAGGACUUUAGAGAUCAAUUUGGUGUACAGCACCUUGGAGCAAGACUUAUGUACAACAAUGCAAACACGUUUCAAGAAAGUCAAGAAAUGCUGCUAAGGAGAAAGCCAGAGCAGCAGCAGCAGGAGCAGGAGCAAGCAGCAGAGCUUCAGCAAGUAAUUGAGAUGCAGAGGAGUAAGUUCAUGGGCCUUAGCCUGCUUGAUCUCAAGAGCAGAAGCCCAACAACUAUUUCUAGCACAACAACCAUCAGCACUGCUCCUUCAAAUGACAGGAGCUUUGAAGAAUCCCCAACUGAAGAAAAGAGCCCAAGUCUUGGUUCCUCUGAAGGAGAGCACGGGAUGAAGGCAGUCAACCUUGCUGAGAAGGAGGUAUCCAAUGAAGAUCGUGAUUUCCAAGAGAGCAGUGUGGAGCAUAACUUGCCUGAUAGUCCCUUCGCUUCACCAAGCAAAACUUCUUCCUUUCUUGCUGGUGAUCCAUUCGCCGGUCUUGUCGAUGAGUCAGAGUUUGUCGGUGCUGGCUCUGCUCACAGCAAUGGCAAUAUUGCCAAUGCCAACAACCUCGGUUCCUCAACUCUCUUGCCACCCAGCUCCACCCUUAACGCGCCUUCCUACAAAACUUGCUUCCUUCAAAUUCCCAGGUUCUCUUCUGGUCAUGGAGCUGUUGGACUAUGAAAGAGUGAUCAGUAAAGAUGAGAGAGAGAGAGGGAGUGAGUUUGGCCUCCCAUAUUUCUAGCAACAAUGAGAGAAGAAAGUUUUUAAGUAGGAAAAAAUUAAGAAGAAAGUGCAGGAUACCCUUUGGAUUAUAGUCAUCUUGUUUCUUUUUUAGUACAUAUAUCUCUAAUGUUUUAGCUUAUAGCAAAGCCCUUCAAAUCCUUCUAUAUAUCUUGGCAAAUGAAACUUAGUUGGAGGAGGAUGUUAAUUGUGUAAGAAUCUAAGUGAUUAUAAGUGAAUGUUAUAUAGUAUAGUGAUCUACUGCUAGUUUUUCUAUAAUUAUUAGGGACCAACCUACCACCAACCAGCAGAAAUGACAAUAGUAUUUCAGUAUUGAGUACAGAAGAUUAAUGAAGAGAUGAAACAAGAAGAGAGAGAAAGAAGAGGGCAGAGAAAUGGAUGAUCCAUGAAGAGGAGAACAGAAGUACGGGACAACGCUUCAGUAAAAUUAACAUGGGAUCUACUAAUGAUGAAGAUGAUGAUGAUGUAUAAAUAUAAUACUAUAACUCUUUCAUCCGU